CGUUAUGAUUUACGGGCUAAUUUUUGUGCAGGACACUAGUGAUUUACUUAGAGUUAUCUUACUUGGAGAGAUCAACAACCGCGAUGUUCGAUGUCGGGCAAGUGCUAUUCGUUUGCUUUUUCUUAUUCCUAACGUCGAAUCUUGUAGCGAAGAUGUUGUGAAAUGCCUCAAGCAUGUUCUGAGAGAAAGGAAGCCUUUGGCUCGAAUCGCUGGCGUUGUCUGCGCCAUCAAUCUGAUUAAGAGAGAUCCAUGGUGGCGUGACACACUCGAACCCAUGCUGGUUACUAAUAUUAUUGAGUUUAGGGGAAAACACGUUCACUACCAAUCCUUAUAUCUUCUAUUUCAGGUUAAGCGGCAUGAUUUGGUGCUACGGACCGCAAAAUGGGCUAAUAUCUAUAGACGUCCGUUUUGGUCUACUUCUUCGUGGGGGUCUUGCAUCUUGGCUCGCGCUAUUGCCCAGGUAGCGCGGGAUAUGUAUGUCGGUUUGAACCCUGAUUACAAUAAAUUCCUAUACUCUUGUAUAUGUGGUAAAGAUGAACUGCUUGCAAUAGAAGGAUUCCGAUCACUUGCAGCGGUCAGAAGCAUAACCAGUACUCAAUUGAAUCCUGCCGUUGAUGUUAUACGCCGAAUUCAUCGGGUUUCGAUGAAGAAGCCCGUGUUGACGUUUGCUAUCAUGAGGACGUUGCAAAAGGUGUGGGUGAGUACAGAUAAAGAGAUCAUAGAGAAAUCGUUCUUAUAAGUCAUGAAAAUAAAUUAUAUUUGGAGGAAGUCAAGCAAGC